AUGAGUAGAAACUUGAAAUUAGGUAUUAGUUAUAUAAUAAAAUGCAGGAUAGAUAGAGAGUGAAUAAAAGACAAAAAUAGCUAAGUUUUCAGGAGAGAACAGUCGAUUAUUUACAUUAGUGAAUGAUGAGAAUUAGAUCUUUAUAAAUAAGAUUGAGUAUUCAAAAAGUUUAAGUGAAUUGAGUAUAUAGAAUCCAUUUAAUAAAUAAUUUGGAAUAAGUUAGAAUGAGAUUUCAUGCAUAAUAUUUUCUUAAUCAGAGAAUGAAAUAGUAAAUGGCUGUAACAAAGGUAUUUUAACAUAUUGGGAUAUAUCAACGUAAAAAGGUAUAUAGAUAAUAAUAGAUAUUAGUUGUAUAAAAUAUAAAAGGUCAUUUAUGUGGUAUAAGUAGUUUGAGUAUAUUUCCAAAUGAUAAUAAUUUAUUAGUAUCAGGAGGAAUGGAUAGUCAAAUAAAGAUUUGGGAUCAAAGAUAAUAAAAUAAUGGAUUAACAUUGCGAUCUCAUAAAUUAUCAAUAAAUAGUUUAAUGGUAUCAAAGGAUGGUAGAUUAUUAGCAUCAGGUUCAAAUGAUGGAAGUGUAAAGAUUUGGGAUAUAAAUACAUUAUAAUAAUUAAUAUGUUUUAAGGAAUCAGAAUGGCCUAUAAAUUGUGUAUAAUUUAAUCCAGUAGAUAAGACAGUUGCAGCAUCUUCUGAAGAUGGUUGUAUAAGAUAUUGGGAUGUUAAUAGUUUUAAUUUAAUAUCACAAACAAUUCCAGAUAAGUAAUUCAUAUAUACAAUGAAAUUUUGUAAUGAUGGUAGAUAAUUAUAUUCAGCACAAAACUUUUCUUUAAAAGCAUGGGAUAUGGAAAGAGAGGGUUUAUUAUUGGAUUAUAUAGAUAGUUAAUGGAAGUGUAUAUUAGAUAUAAAUGUUUUAGAUGAUAAGGAGAUUAUUGGCUUAACUACAUAGAAUUAAACUGGUUUAAGUAUUUUUGGUACUAAAAUCAUUAAUAUUAAUAAUGAAUAACAUUUAUAUAGAAAUUAGAGUGAAAAGGUUCGUGGAUGUCAAAAUAAUUAACAUUCUUAUGAAAGACAUAGUGUCAAUGUGUUAAAACCUAAAAAUACUAGCAAUACAAUUAUUUUAGAAGAAUAAGGACCUUAUUAUUAAUGCAAUAAUAAUCAUAAUAAAUUUUUACCUACUAGAUAAAUUGAUUAAAGAAUCAAUCAUGAAAGUGUAAUUUAAGAAGAAGACAUCAAAUAAAGUUGUAUGGAUUUAAUUAUUACACAUGAUGAAGUUAAUUUAUCUAAUUUUGUUAUAGAUGAUGAAAAUAAAUUAAAAUUUAAAUAAAUGGAUUAAAUUAAUGAAAUCUAAAAAGAUCAUAGUAAAGUUAUAUAAAUAUUAAAUUAAAGAAUCAAUUAUAUGAAACCCAUUAUACAUUGGUGGAGUAAUAAUAAUAUAAAAUCAGCUGUAAAUGCUAUCAAUUAAUUAAAUGAACCUUCCAUUUUAUUUGAUGCUUUAAUUAUGUGUGCUUAAAGUUCUAAAUUUAAAUCUAUUCCUAUGGAAUAAUUACCAUUAUUAUUGGAAAAAUGUAAAAUAUUGAUAGAAUCUAAAUAUUUAUCUCAUAUUAAAGGUGGUUUACUUUUUUGUUAUAAAACUUUCACCACCUACAGAGAUGUAAAACUUUUUAUUCAUAUUUUCCUUAGGAUAUUCAAACAAUUAAAUCUUUUAAUCAAAUGUCAAAAAUUGAUUUGAGUAGAGAAGAAAGAAUUGCAAAAUAUGACAAAAUUGUAGAAUAAUUGAAAUUCAUAAUCUCUAUGCACAAAUUAACAAAAUUAAUUGAAAGAAAUAAAGUUGAAGUAAGUGAAUUAGCGAAAAAAUUAUAAAUAGAAAUGCUAAGUUUACUCAAAAGAAUUAAUUAAUAAUGA